CAGAGCAGGAAACAGGGUGAGUGUUCAUACCUGCAAAUGACAAUUUCUCUAAAUAUUGUUGAGUAAUGUGCUUUUUUUGUUGUUCUUCAGAAGAAGUGUUUAAUCUGUUGUCAUUAGAACAUUAAAUGAAACUGGCGUGCUGGAGUCAAAGGUGUCGUCUUCACAUGUUUCCUGUUUCCUGACUCAUCACAGCUCCUCGUUAUGUGACACACUGGCACCAACACAGAGCCACAGUCUGAACUCUGACCCGUCAGGCUGAGUCGGUGCAGCCGCACUUCAUCUUACUGAUGACCACAGAAUAUUCACCGUUUGAUUCAUGUCAAAUACACUUCAGUGUGUGUGUGUGUGUGUGUGUGUGUGUGUGUGUGUGUGUGUGUGUGUGUGUGUAGCUGUAGGAUGAGUGAAUCAGAGGAAGACAAGCACAGACCAGCGUCUUCAGUGUCCCCCUGUCCCCCUGUGAGGAGUGUGCGGUCACAUGACAGACCUGCAGACGUCAGUCCCGGAGCCUCAGACACACAACAGGAGAGGAGGAGCUGUGAUGUGUCUGAGGAGGAGCAGCUGUCCUCCUCCUGCGCUCUGUGUCAGGAUGUCUCGAGGGAUCCGGUCUCUGCAGGCUGUGGACAUCGGCUCUGCAGACAGUGCGUCCCCUCAUACUGGGACCAGUCUGCCCCAUCAGGAGACUCCUUCUGUCCCCAGUGUGAGGAAAGAGCCAGACCAGGAGCUGGACUGCAGACCACCGCUCACACCGGCCCUGGACCUCAUGUUGUUCUGCAGGAGGUUUCAGACGAACAUAAGGUCAGUCUGAGGAAGAGAUGUGAACGUGUGACUGAAGGAACUGAUGAAAGAGGAAGUGAGACUCUCCUGAAAAGGAUCUACACUGAGCUCUACAUCACAGAGGGAAGGAGCGAAGACGUCAACAACCAGCAUGAGGUUUGGCACCUGGAGACAUCGUCCAAGAAGAAGACCCUCCAUGACACUUCGAUCAAGUGUCAGGAUGUCUUUAAAGCCUUACCUGACCAACAGAAACACAUCAGAGUUGUUGUGACGAUCGGUGUCGCUGGCGUUGGAAAAACCUUCACGGUGCAGAAGUUCACUCUGGACUGGGCCGAGGGUUUGGAGAACCAGGAUGUCAGUCUGGUGGUUCUGCUUUC